UGGAUCUGACAGGUUGUAUGAAGAUAUUUACUAUAAAUACGAAAUACUUGAGAAAGAAUGCAUCAUUUCGAGGCCUGACAGAAUCCAUUCCGUUUGUAGCAAGUUGGAUUUCAACAAAUCAAAAUGCAGAAAAUCAUCAUCACUCUUCUAUUGGUUGGGAUUAUGUUUGCUAUGCAGGUUUCCUGCCAGGAAAGUAUGCUUGCACCUCCCAACCGUCCCUCUGAAUUCAGAAGUCCCGAAGAGCUUAGAAAGUAUCUUAAAGCCCUCAAUGAAUACUAUGCCAUUGUUGGUCGACCCAGAUUUGGACGCAGUGUCAGCAAAAGAGCUGCUUCUAAUACUUUCGCUGAAGCACUGACUGCCAAAAGAAAUGACGAAUAAUCAAAAAGGAAUCUUAGAAACUUAUCUCAACAGCAAUAGAUGGAAAUAAAACCAUAUUGCUUUUCCAUACAGAUGCCGCUAUUUUCUGAACAAACUGUUUUUCUUAAUCAUUUUAAAUAUAAAACAAGCACUUCCUAAUUGUUUUGAUCUCUAUGGUGAUCACGAAUAAAAUAUGUACAUAAAAUAUUAAA